UGGGACUCUUUGUCCUCUGUCCACAGUGCUGUAGAGUGCUGGAUUACCUGAGAGGAACCAUCUUUGAGAAUCAGACGGUUUGAGGAAAGAGACACCAACUCAGGACAGCCAUGGAUGAUGUAUACAAAGCAGCGGUUGAGAACUUGACAGAGGAACAGAAAAAUGAGUUCCGUGCUGCCUUUGACAUCUUCGUGCAGGAUGCCGAGGAUGGUUGCAUCAGCACUAAGGAGUUGGGGAAGGUAAUGAGGAUGCUGGGACAGAACCCCACUCAGGAAGAGCUGCAGGAGAUGGUGGAUGAAGUAGAUGAGGAUGGCAGCGGGACAGUGGAUUUUGAUGAGUUCUUGGUCAUGAUGGUGCGCUGUAUGAAAGAGGAGAGCAAAGGAAAAUCAGAAGAGGAACUGGCUGAAGUCUUCCGCAUGUUUGACAAAAACGGUGAUGGAUACAUCGACCUGGACGAGCUGAAGAACAUGUUAGAAUCAACAGGUGAGGCCAUCACUGAGGAUGACAUCGAGGAACUCAUGAAGGACGGCGACAAAAACAACGAUGGAAAGAUUGACUAUGACGAGUUCUUGGAAUUCAUGAAGGGUGUUGAGUAAAGACUCUGCCUAACUGAAGACCCUGAUGCUGAUCCAAUGGCCCAUCGUGUCACCCAAUCAUUCCCUGCCACACUAUCGGGACAUCACAGGGUCAUCACCCUUAUCUCUGAUCUGACAAGCAAAUAACAACCGUGUCAAUAUGUUGAGCAAACUGCUUGCAAGUCAUGUAAAUAAUUUAUCUAGAUUCUAUUGGUUCAGAAGACACACACAUUAUACUCAUUAACUAUCUUUUAAUCUAUACUCAAACCAACUUUGUGCCAAAUUAAAUAAU